CACUUUCAGAACAAGAAAAGCUUGCUCCACUCCAUUCUCUUUCCCUGCUUUUCCAUUUGAAAUUUAAAUUCAAACGGUUCCCAUAUGAGACGACCACAAAGAAUUUUCACCUUUCAUUAAUAUAGAGCAAGACCAAAGGAAGAGCUCAAAGUUUGGAAGAUUUUCAAGUGCCAACUACUUACUCAUGGGGGUACCAACCUGUCACAUGCAACAACAACCCUUCUCCUAUGCUGCUGGCAUUCCCAAUGAAGCCAAUCAGGGUAACCCUCUUCAUGCUCUUGGGCAGUCCAUCUCUUUUGGAAAGUUCAUGUCCGAGUCUUUAGCUUGGGACAAAUGGUCCAACUUCUCUCAUAAUCGAUAUGUUGAAGAGGCUGAAAGAUUCUCUCGCCCUGGUUCAGUUGCUCAGAAGAAAGCUUUCUUUGAAGCACACUACAAAAAUCUUGCUGCAAGAAAGGCAGCUGCUUUGCUCGGGCAAGCAAAUACUGCAGCAAACAAUGUGCCUGAACCGACACAAGAAGGUGAAGUUCAAGAAAAUGCAACCCAAGAUCCGGGAAUAGCAAUAAAUACUGAGGCCAGUUUUGUUCCUGAUGACAAUGGACAUAAUUCGCAUGUUCAAAUGGAAAAAUCUGAAGGCAGAAAGGUGGAAGAAAUUGAUCCUGUAAGAGAAAACCAAGCUUUUAUAGGGAAAUUUGUUAAAGUUGAGUCUUUAAGCCAACCUGAUGUUUCUGAUAACGAGGAGGAGAUGAAAGAAACAGAGCUUAGUAGAACAAAACUAAUGGAGAAACCUUUGUUAAAGGAUUUUAUUUCUGAUAGAGACGAUUUGGGUUCAACGAACAAGAAUAAAUCUGCAGUUUAUUCCUCCAAGUCCUUGAUUUCUGGGAGAGCAUCUAACCUGCCAUGUUCACCAGCUAAGCCUGCAGCUUCAGUUCGUGCCAGAAAAGAAAACAAUGUCACUCCAAUCAGCAAGAAGUCUGCAAUAGGCUUCAUCGAUAAAAAGAAAUCAACUCCAAAAUCAACUUACAAGUCAAUGAAUUUCACUCCUGUCAGAGAACUAAAUAGAAUAACUUCAACAAUUAUCCGGAAGAUUGAUGGUUCUAAAGUUACUUCUAAUUCAAAAGCAUUAAAAGAUUGCCCAACUCCUCUCAGGACUCCAACCACGGUAUCUGUGCUAAGAGAACCUAAACAUCCUCUAGCCACUCCUCUGUCAGAAAGCAGAAGGGCAAAAACACCUCUUCAACCCUCAGCAUCUGGGAGCAAAGCAGUUCGCCCGAAAUGGCAUUUCCUCCCAACAGAUUGCUCAAAAUUUAUGAGUCCCUCCAGAAACAAAUCUCGAUCCCCAAAUUUAUGUACACCUUUUAGCUUGAGGACUGAAGAAAGAGCUACAAGAAGAAAGGAGAGGCUUGAAGAGAAAUUCAAUGCUAAUCAGGCACAAAAAGUGCAGUUGCAUGCAACGCUUAAGGAGAAGGCAGAAACAGAACUUAAAAGACUGCGUCAAACCCUUUGCUUCAAGGCCAGGCCGCUGCCUGAAUUUUAUAGGGAAAGAGCAACACCAAAAAAUCAGGUGGAAAAGUCAGCCAAACAAGGAAGAACAUCCACUCCCAAUCCCAGCAUGGUACAGAGCAACUCUCAACCACCUCACAGGUCUGCAUUCAAGAAUGGCAACUCUAAGCAUUCCAUGGGAAAGAAAAUUGAGAAUUCACCUUCUCUAACUUCACGACUCAGAUCGAUUACUCGUGGGAAUACUUCCAAAUAUUCAGCAUUUUUGGACGAUGAAAAGCUCACAAGUGCAUGGUGAGACUGCAUACCAAAUUUAAUUUUCCAAGGGUUCCAAUUAUAGCAAAUUCAUACAUGUUUGUUUGCAGUACUCUUGUAAUAUUAGAAGGAAUGGGAUGUUGUAAAGUUAAUUUGUACCCCAUGUACUAAUUGCAUAAAUGUAGUCCACGCAGAACCAAAGAAAGAAUGCCACCA